GCGAUCUCGUCACGCGCGAUAGUGUCCAGGUCGGCCCGAUGGUGUCCUCGCCGCGCCGCGCACUCCUGUGGUGCUUCGCCUGCGUCGCCGCGACGUCGGCGCUGGGCCGGCGGUCGCUCGCGACGAAAUCGUGGCGCACGGGCGCGCCGGCGACGUCGGCACACUCCCGGCGCCGCGCCCCGCCCCCGCGCCGCGCCGCGCUGGCCCGGUUGCGCGGCGGCUACAACACCUUCGACGCCCUCAUCUUCCUCGACUUCUUCGGCACGGCCGUCUUCGCCUUCUCCGGCACGAUCCAGGCGGCGCGCAACGAGAUGGACGUGCUCGGCGCGGCGGUCAUCGCCUUAUUCACGUGCGUCGGCGGCGGCACGACGCGCGACGUGCUCCUGGGCCGCGUGCCCGUCUUCUGGAUGCGCAACGUGCUGUACCUGCAGAUCAUCUUCCUCACGUCCGUGCUGACCUUCUGCUGCUGGCCGCGGAUCGAGCGCGACCUCGGAGGCGACGACGCGCACGAGGCGUUCUGCUUCGCGGACGCUUUGGGUUUAGGCGCCUUCGCGGUGCUCAGCGCCGACAUCGCGCUCAAGGAGUCGUGCCAGCCCCUCUGCUGCGUCGUCUUCGGCCUCGUGGGCGCGACCUUCGGGGGCGUCAUGCGCGACGUGCUCACGAAGCAGCCCGUCCGCAUAUUGCACGCGCACGUCCACGGGAGGCCCAAGUCGCUCUACGGCUUCACGGCCCUCGUCGGCGCCCUCGUCUACGUGGCCCUCGCGCCGCGGUUCCCGGACUACCCGAACUGCGUCGCGGCGACGGGCUUCCUCGCGACGGCCGUCUUGCGGGUCGCGGCCUACACGUACAAGCUCACGCUCCCCGCGUGGAUCGGCCGCAUCCAGGAGGAGGGCUCCCCCAAGCUCAGCUCGCGCCGCGCGCGCGUCACGCACCUUAAGUACUAGGCCG